AUGGGGGAGGGAGUCCAACAUCCAGGGGGUCGGCAUCAGAACGGUAUUCGCAGUUGGGGUAGGCGAUGAUGCUAGAAUCCAGCAAACUCUUGCAAACGAGAAUGAGACCUUUGGAGACAUUGUUCAGGAAAACUUUGCCGACUCUCCGCGUAGCGUCACCCUCAAACAAGUCAUGGUUUUCAAAUGGGCCUUCACGUUUUGCCCCAAUGCGAAAUACGUAUUGAAAACAGAGUCGAACACGUUCGUGAACAUCUUUAGCUUGGUUCACUACCUGAAGCGACUGCGUGGAGCCAGCGCUAGGAGCUUACUGCUGGGUUGGGUUUACAACGACUCGGUCCCAGUUCGUGACCCGGAGGGGGAGGACAGUCAAUGGUACGUCUCCAUGGACGACUUUCCCCGGGACACGUAUCCUGCCUACGCGGGCGGUUUCGCCUACGUCAUGUCUAACGAUAUGCCACGGCUUUUAUACGAGACGUCUCUGGGCACAAAGUACUUGUUCAUGGACGAUAUCUACGUCGGGAUUUGUCUUGAGAAGCUGGGUAUCGCUCCGCGCCAUCACGGGGGGUUCUGUCACUGGGACGUGGAGAUAGACUCGUGUCACUACAACUGGCUGAUCGCGACGAAAUGGGCCGACUCGCCGGAGAAAAUGAGGACCUUCUGGAAGGCCAUCACGUCGAAGUGUUAAACAGUUCUGGAACCAAAUUAAUUAACUGCACGAAAAUCGGGAUUUACCAACAGUGGCGAAUACCGGGUAUGCCUGAUAAUGUGUACUACAAAUUUUCUUCCAACUGUGACAGUUUUUAAAGGCAAGGUACAUGCCUCCAAAUUUUCGAUAUCUUACAGCACAUCUUGCUCACUGGUACUGUUUGCUUUUUGGCAAGUUCUGGAACGAAGUCUUCGAGCAGAUAUAACCUUGGUCUCGGUGGUCUAAAGGCUUGUUUUUGCCACAUUUAUAGAUUUUUGCAACAUUUAUAGUGAUAAACGGUUCUGGAACCAAAUUAAUUAAUUGCACAGAAAUCGGGAUUUAACUAUAGCGGUAAAUACCAAGCAUGCCUGGUAAUGUUUUUUUUUGGCAAAUAUUGGGCCACGUUGAUUUGAUUAUAUGAAUGACAUCCUCUUGUAACUUUAAAACUGAUGCGAGCGCGCGAAUAAAACAAAUUUGGCCAAAA